GAGCGCGCAGGAGGAAGGUGCGCGCGUGUCUGGAGGGCAGGACUCGGGCGCGCGACAGGGAUCGAUCAUAGGAUUAAAUUGGAAUUGGAGAGAAAUGAAAGAGAAAGACAAAGAAUUGAAGAGCAGGACGUCUGUGAGACCCUCAGGACAUUUUUAUUCUCUGACAACAUUUCAACUUUGUGUUGUUUGAGAGCGACAAGAGCAGAGAAGAGACAUACAUACAUGAUAUACUAGCACGCAAACGGACAUACUCAAGCAGGAUUUCAUUGCAAGUGAGCUCGCUAGGAGUCUUAAAGAGGACCAUGGAAUAGCAGGAUAGCAGCUAGCUGUCUAGCUCAUUACGGCACCAGAGAACUCCUUCCAUCUGGCCUCAUCCCUCUGUGGGCCCCCCGCCUGACCAUGGCGGACCCAGGGAUGUUGAGUUUGUUUGGGGACGAUGCAGGGCUGUUCUCAGAUGGGUUAGAUGGUCUAGGAGACUGUUUUCCUCAACAGCCUACCACUGGCCAAUCCAACACUCUUGCACAGCCAACCAAUCCCUCUCUCAACCACGAACACCAGGGAAACCGGGGUUAUCACCAGGGGAUGCUCCUUGGUUCUGGAUCAGCACAGCCUAAGUUGGGCCAAAUGUAUGACCACAGCACCUACGCAGGCUACGAUCAGGCUAGUGCCCCUGGAGGAAGAAUAAUUGCUCAGAAUGGUCCAAGCCAGGGGCCACCAAAUAUAAAUGCAACGAUGAAUGGCAUGGCUUCUCACUACCACAAUAGCCCUGCUAACUCUAGUAACACUCACCAUGGGUAUCCAGGUGAUGCAGGAGCCGGAGCAGCUGCAGGCGCCGUUUGGGGCCAACAGCACCAAAGCAGAUCAGCAUAUCAACAGGCUUCAACGCAACCAGGGAGUGGCCCCAACCAGAUGGGAGCUUUCCAGAUGUCUCAAAGCAGCUACGGCAGGAUGCAAGGCCAACCCACAGCCAACGCGCCACGCAUCAGCCAACACUACCCUACACAGACCUUGGCGGCUCCUCUUACGCAAGACCCAUCUCACUACAUGGGACAUGUUGGAAUGGUUGGGGGUCAAAUGAGACACCCACAGCCACAAAGCCAGGGUUACCCCAACAUGAGCCACACACCGAGGUUCCCACAUUCUCCCUCUCGACAGCCUCCACACCCUCACCAACAUCAACCAGGAAUGGGUGGGUUUGGAGGUGGCCAGUACUCUGGCUAUCAGCCCCAGUACGGCACCAUGGGGUCUGGGAUUGGCCCUGGUGCCAAUGCUAAUGUUACUAGCAACACCAGCCCUCCAAUGGGACCAGGGCAACUUGGCCAAAGGUUCAACCAGGGAUCAGGCCCAGCUUCUGGGCAACAGGGCCAGCGAUACCCACCUGGACCACCUCACCCGACACAUUCUGUCCCAAUGCAGCCACCCACAGCCGGGCAGCAAAGCCAGACUAUGCACCCACUUGGCCACUCCCAGCCCCCAAAUCAGUCCCAGUCCCACCUUGCACCCCCAGCUCAGGGAUCCUACCCUUCCCCAUCACCACUGUCCCCCAUGCGGGUUUUGGGAACCCCCACCCCUCCACCCCAGCAGGGCAGGCCCCCUAGUACAGGCUUAACAGAGGUUACAGGGUAUACGGCACUGAAGUCUGCGCCUAACACUAUCGCACACCCCCAGAGACCUCCCCAAACCUCACUGUCUGCUCCACAUGGCCAACACCAGCAAGCUCACGGCAUACCCCCCAAUGCGGGGCAGAUUUAUCCCGGCAUGGGCCCGCAACGUGCUCCCCAUAUGGGCCCCAAUCGGCCUCCACUCCAGCCAGGGCCUCAUGAAGCCCCAGUCAGCCAGGGGGCAGAUUCACAUCUUCUUCAUUCCCAGCAGCAAGCUUCUAGAAGUGUGCAGCCUUCUGCCAUGGCUUUCCAGGGUCCAGCCGUCAAUCAGCAUGGGGCAAUACCUAUGAGCCAGGGUUUAGCACCACCUACUCAGAACAUGCAGACCCAGCACACUCACCUGUCCCCCUACCCCUUACAAAGCACGCCCCCUCCACCCAACCAAUGGGCACCUCCGCCCUCUGCUGCCCAACCGCUGUCCUCACCCCCAACUACCCCACAGAAAGUGCCUCAUACACAGCAUUCCCCCGCGGAGCCAUCCGCCGAGCCGGUAAUGAUGCUUCCUGACGGCACCGGUGACUCCAGCACAGAGCACGCCAAUGGCAGGGAAGCCAAGCCAAAAAAGAAGAAGAAGAGGAAAACAAAAGAGGACGGAGAAGAGGGGGGCAAGAAGCCGGAAGAUGCCACACCAGGAAGUGAGCAGGGUAUGGGCACAGGGAUUGUAGAUGGAAGCUCGCCACCUGUUGAGAAGAAGAAACGGAAAAAGAAACCAAAGGAGAAGGCAGAGGGCGGCGAGUCUAAGACCCCCAAGACGCCUAAGACCCCCAAGACUCCCAAAGAGCCCAAGGAGAAGAAAGUCAAGAACCCCACACCCAAGACCAAGACCCCCAAAAAGUCCAGUAAGAAGACCGUGCAGUUUGAGGAUGGCGCUCUUGCUGCCAAGAAGGAUUCCAAGAGGAAGCGACAGGGCUCAGCCAGCGAAGAUGUGGAGGUGAAGUCUCCGCCCCCCUCACCUGCAGAAGAGGAGGACGAGGAUGGUGUGCAGAAGCGGCGCUCCUGUCGCCAGGUGAAGAGGAAGAGGUACACCGAGGAUUUGGAGUUUCGAAUCUCAGACGACGACGACAGCGGCGACGAUUCGCCCACGCCAAAGUCCCCGUCCUCAUCAGGCCAGCUGCAGGAUGUGGCUGAGGCGGAGGGGCCAGUGGUGGAGAAGAUCAUGGCCGUGCGUGCGAGCAAGAAACAGCUGGAGUCAGGGGAGGAGGCUGAGGUGGAGGAGUUCUACGUCAAGUUCAAGGGCUUUUCUUACCUCCACUGUCGUUGGGCCGAGCUGGAAGAGCUGGAGAAAGACAAGAGAAUACAGCAAAAGGUGAAAAGGUUCAAGGCCAAGCAGCAAUUCAACAACUUCAUCACUGAGAUGGAUGACGAGCCUUUCAACCCGGACUACGUGGAGGUGGACCGUGUCCUGGACAUUUCAGAGAGCACAGAUGAAAACUCAGAGCCGGUGACCUUGUACCUGGUGAAGUGGUGCAGUCUGCCUUAUGAAGACUCCACCUGGGAACUCAAGGCGGAUAUUGACCAGUCCAAAAUAGAGGACUUUGAGUGCAUUGCCGCUCGCACACCUAACACUAACCGAGUGGAUCGGCCUGAGGCUUCUGAAUGGACAAAGUUGGAAGACUCUAAAGAUUACAGGAACGCAAACGCACUCAGGGAAUACCAGCUUGAAGGCCUCAACUGGCUAACCUUCAACUGGUACAACUCACGUAACUGUAUCUUGGCUGAUGAGAUGGGUCUCGGAAAGACCAUCCAAUCCAUUACAUUCCUCUACGAAAUUUACCUGAAGGGGAUUCAGGGGCCCUUUCUGGUGAUCGCCCCGCUCUCUACCAUUCCCAAUUGGGAGAGAGAGUUCAGGACUUGGACCGAGCUCAAUGCUGUGGUCUACCACGGCAGCCAGGCCAGCCGCAGAACCAUCCAGGCCUAUGAGAUGUACUUCAGAGAUGCACAGGGUAAGAUAAUAAAGGGAGCGUAUCGCUUCCACGCUGUGAUCACCACCUUCGAGAUGAUUCUGGCCGACUGUCCAGAGCUCCGCGGCAUCCCCUGGCGCUGCGUGGUCAUAGAUGAAGCCCACCGCUUGAAGAACCGAAACUGCAAACUACUGGAAGGACUGAAGAUGAUGGACAUGGAGCACAAGGUUCUGUUGACAGGAACUCCCCUCCAAAACACAGUCGAGGAGCUUUUUAGCUUGCUUAACUUUUUGGAGCCAGAACGUUUCCCAUCCGAACAAACAUUUAUGACUGAAUUUGGAGACCUCAAGACUGAAGAACAGGUUCAAAAGCUGCAGGCCAUUCUGAAACCCAUGAUGUUGAGAAGACUGAAGGAGGAUGUAGAGAAGAACCUUGCACCUAAGGAGGAAACCAUCAUCGAGGUGGAGCUCACCAACAUCCAGAAGAAAUACUAUCGAGCCAUUCUGGAGAAGAACUUUGCCUUCUUGUCUAAAGGAGGAGCAGGAGGAGGAGCAGGAGGAGGUGGUGGAGGUGGUGGGGGAGGGUCCGGUGUCCCCAACCUCCUCAACACAAUGAUGGAGCUAAGGAAGUGCUGUAACCACCCAUACCUCAUUAACGGAGCUGAAGAGAAGAUCAUUGAGGAGUUCAGGGACUCCCACGUUGGAACGGACAUGCCAGACAUGGCCCUUCAAGCAAUGGUCCAUGCUGCGGGAAAGCUGGUGCUUAUUGACAAGCUGCUACCUAAACUGAAGGCGGGCGGUCACCGGGUCCUAGUUUUCAGUCAGAUGGUUCGCUGUCUGGACAUCUUGGAGGAUUAUCUCAUCCAGAAACGGUACUUCUACGAGCGCAUCGAUGGCAGAGUUCGUGGUAAUUUGCGACAAGCUGCGAUCGACCGGUUCUCCAGACCGGAUUCGGACCGUUUUGUGUUCCUGCUGUGUACGAGAGCUGGCGGACUGGGCAUCAACCUGACUGCGGCGGACACUUGCAUCAUCUUUGAUUCGGACUGGAACCCUCAAAAUGACCUGCAGGCCCAGGCAAGGUGUCAUCGUAUCGGCCAGUCCAAAGCCGUGAAAAUUUACAGGCUGAUCACCAGGAACAGUUACGAGAGGGAGAUGUUUGAUAAGGCCAGUCUGAAGUUGGGUCUGGACAAGGCAGUCCUCCAGAGCAUGAGCGGGCGUGAGAACGCCAACAGUGGGGUCCAGCAGUUGUCUAAGAAAGAAAUUGAAGACCUACUGAGAAAAGGAGCAUAUGGUGCUCUUAUGGAUGAGGAGGAUGAAGGUUCUAAAUUCUGUGAGGAAGACAUUGACCAGAUCCUUCAGAGACGUACUCACACAAUCACCAUCGAGUCGGAGGGCAAAGGCUCUACCUUUGCCAAGGCCAGUUUUGUUGCAGCCGGCAACAGAACAGACAUUUCUUUGGAGGACCCAGACUUCUGGCAGAAAUGGGCCAAGAAGGCAGAGCUAGACCUGGAUGCCAUCAAUGGACGGAACACGCUGGUGAUCGACACGCCAAGGGUGAGGAAGCAGACGCGACACUACAGCAGUGUGAAAGAGGACGAGAUGAUGGAGUUCUCGGAGCUGGAGAGCGAAGACGACGAGCCCAGUCGGCCCUUGUCAAAACCACGACGGCCCCAAGACAAAGCUCAGGGCUACCCUCGAUCCGAGUGCUUCAGGGUGGAGAAGAACCUGCUGGUCUACGGGUGGGGUCGGUGGAGUGACAUCCUGGCUCACGGUCGCUUCAAGCGCGCACUGAAGGAGGCUGAUGUAGAGACUAUCUGCAGAGCCCUGCUGGCCUACUGCCUCCUGCAUUACCGUGGCGACGAAAACAUCAAAAGCUUUAUCUGGGACCUGAUCACCCCAAGCCAAGAUGGCACCACCAAGACGCUGACCAACCACUCCGGUCUGUCUACGCCGGUACCUCGAGGCAGGAAGGGCAAGAAAGGUAAACCCGCGGCCCCGGCCGCACAGACGCCAAGAGCAGACUGGCUGGCCAGCUGUAAUCCAGACCAUCUCCUGCAAGAGGACAGCUACAAGAGACACUUGAAGCAUCACUGUAACAAGGUCCUGCUGAGGGUGAGGAUGCUGUAUUAUCUGAGACAGGAAGUUAUCAGGGACCAGGCUGAACGCAUCCUGGAUGGAGCGGACUCAAGUGAGUUGGACAUCUGGAUCCCUCAGCCUUUCCAUGCAGAGGUGCCCACAGACUGGUGGGACAGCGAGGCAGACAAAUCCCUCCUGAUCGGCGUCUUCAAACAUGGCUACGAGAAGUACAACUCCAUGCGAGCUGACCCCUCCCUGUGUUUUUUGGAGAGGGUGGGCAUGCCCGACGCCAAGGCCAUCGCUGCUGAGCAGAGGGGCAACGAUAUGAUGACAGAUGGCGUGGAAGGUGAGGAUGAGGACCCAGAAUACAAGCCCCUGCGGAUGCAUUUCAAGGAUGAACUGGACGACUUCACCAACUCUCCCCUGGAUGACAAAGAUGAGACCGGGGAAGGGGAAGCAGAGGGUAAAUCUGCUGAAAACGGUCAAGGUGUGCCUUCCACGGGUGGUGCGGCAGGUUCCAACGAGCGCCUCUAUUGGCCCGCCGCCUCAGCUCUGACCGCCCGUCUGCGCCGCCUCAUCACUGCCUACCAGCGCUCCAAUCGCAGGGAGCAGCUGCGCCAGGAGGCCCUCAGCAGGCCCGAUGGUCGCCGACGACGACGCCGGGACUUCCUGCCUACCAUCACGAUGGUCACGGAGGCAGGAGCAGCAGCAGCCUACCUCCAGGAUCCCACCACCGUCUUCAUAGCUGAAGGAAGCCCCUACCUGGCUAAAGGAAGUGCCUACUUUACCAAAGCUGGCCAGUUCAUACAAGAGGAGUCAGCCAUGAUGACGGCAAACACUUUGAUGAACGAGGGCGCCGUGUACUACAAGGAAAGAAGACAAAGAUGGACUCGUCGUGAGGAGGCCGACUUUUACCGCGUUGUGUCAACGUUCGGAGUCAUCUUUGACACCCAGCGGCAGAAAUUUGACUGGACGCAGUUCAGAGCCUUUGCCCGACUGGACAAGAAGACGGACGAGAGCCUGGAGAAGUAUUACUACUCCUUCAUGGCCAUGUGCAAACGUGUCUGCCGCAUGCAGCUGAAAGGUGACACAGAACUCCCAGACCCAUCACUGAUCAUAGACCCCAUCACAGAGGAGCGUGCCUCCCGCACCCUCUACCGUAUCGAGCUGCUGCGUCGCAUCCGGGAGCAGGUGCUGCCUCACCCGCUGCUCUCUGAACGCCUCAAGCUCUGCCAGGCCUCCCUGGACCUCCCAGAGUGGUGGGAGUGUGGCCGCCACGACCGGGACCUCCUCAUCGGGGCCUCCAAGCACGGCGUAAGCCGGACUGAUUACCACAUUCUCAACGAUCCCACCCUGGCCUUUCUGGAGUCGCACCAGCGCUUCACCAGCCAGCGAGGGAGCGCCGCCCACAUGGGAGAAGUGGCCAAAGAGAGCUCCUCCGCCGCGCUCCUCACACCUGCAGAGCUGGCAAGUGCUGCAGCCGCUGCUCAGGCGGCCAUUGCUGCUGCUCGAGAGGAGGUGGGAGAAGUGAUAACAGAGGCUGUGACCCAGGUCAAGGCGGAGGAAGUGGAUGGUCUCUCCAUAAAGACUGAACCUGCCCAAGACAUGGAGGAAGUUAUGGCAGAGAAAGAGGCCACGCUCUCUCCGGUGACUGAAGUGAAAGAAGAAGCCAAGAGUCCCUCAAAAGCAGAAGAGGAGGAGGAGAGCGGCGACAUGAAAGAUGGCUCUGAUAAAGCUGCCAACACCAGCAAGUCCAUGGAGGCCACGCCGAGUGUGGCUCCUGCUGAUGUGGUCAGUGAGCAGAAGGUGCCGGAAGAUCCAACAGGCCACGCCACUGCAGAGGAGGAGAAGCAGCACUGCACCUCUCCAAAGUCACCAGAUGCAGAGAAAAGCCCAGAAGAGGAGGAGGAGGAGGAGGAGGAGAAGAUGGAUGAAGAUGACAAGUCAGAGAAAUCCUCGCAGGCUGAAGUGAGUGCUGCGUCCGAGCAGAAGAACUUUGAUGAGGAGAGUAUCGCCUCUCUGAGCACGUCCGCUCGCGAUGAAACCAGAGAUGGCUUUUGUCCUGAUGACCUAGCAGAGUCUUCUGCCCUGCAGGCCCUAGGGGACAGAAACUAUGCCUACACUAUCUGGCCUAAGGAUCGAGUGAUGAUUAACAGGAUGGACACCAUCUGUGAGGCGGUCCUGAAAGGCAAGUGGCCUGUCAACAGACGCCACAUCUUUGACUUCCCUAGCAACAUGUUGCCGGGACACGGCUCCACAACAACAGCCGCAGCAACAGCCACAGCCACAGAGAGUCCGCUACAGAGACGGAGUUUGGGGGAGUUGUCCAUGACUGGGAUGCACUCCCUCUACAGUGAGAGUGAAGAUAAAGGACCACAGGACAACAGUGUGGGUCUGACUGUGCCUCGCCAGAGGAGGAGGAGAAGGAGGAAGAUUGAGAUCGAGGCAGAAAGAGCAGCCAAGAGGCGUAACCUGAUGGAGAUGGUGGCUCAGCUGAGAGAGAGCCAUGCCACCAUGGAGUCCCAGAGUCAGGCAAUAGAUCUCACCAAGGGUAUGCAACACAAGGCCUCCUCCUCCUUGGCCGGCUUCCCCAGUGCCCUGGGCACCAACCCCUCCUUCAAGGCCCAGAUGGAGCUGCUGCAGCAAGUCCCGCCCUCAGGACACCGAGCCAAUGGGGCGCUGGAGGCUGACCUCCCCAUGAUGAGAAGGAGGCGAGGACGCAGGAAAAAUGUGGAGGGCCUGGAGCUGCUCUUCAUGGGCAACAAAAGAACUGGAGGGGAUGAGGGUGACGGGGCCAAGGUGUCAGCUGUGGAAGGGGUCCCGGAUGCCGCUCGUGCCCAAAGACCCAGUCUCCCAGUCUCGGAGCAGAGUCCCAGUGGAAGAUCUCUUGCAUCCGGCAGCGUGGAGGAGGAAGAGGCUAGCGUGUCCAACAAAGAACUGGGGGAGUGGCUGAGGCAGCACCCCACCUACACCAUGGACAUGUCUGCUUUUACACCAAAGAACGAAGAGUUACUGCUGUCUCAGUUCUCAAAGCCUAAGCAAAAACGUCAUCGCUGUCGAAACCCCAACAAAAUCGACAUCAACACCUUGACCGGAGAUGAGAGAGUGCCUGUGGUCAACCGACGUAACGGACGCAAGAUGGGUGGAGCCAUGGCCCCGCCCAUGAAGGAACUUCCCAGAUGGUUACUGGAGAACCCGGAAUUCUCCAUUGCACCAGACUGGACAGAUAUUGUCAAACAGUCGGGCUUCCUGCCAGAGGCCAUGUUUGACCGGUUACUGACAGGCCCCGUGGUCAGGGAGGAGGGGGUGCGACGCCGCGGACGGCGACCCAAAUCUGAGAUCGCCAAGGCGGCGGCGGCCCAGGUGGCUGCGGCUCAGGCUGCCCAGGUCACUGCUGUGUCCUCUGCAGGAGGCAUCAACCCUCUGCUGCUGAACAGUCUGUUUGGAGGUAUGGACCUGAGCCUGCAGUCUCUCCAGUUAGCUGCCGGCCUCAUGGCCUUCCCUGCACCCACUGACCCCAAGCAGGCCGCCUCCAUGCUGCCCCUCAUGCUGCCCGCCAUGGGGGCUCUCCCCAACAUGUUUGGCCUGGGCGGCCUGUUCCAGAGCAACUUGGCCUCCAACUCCCCCUCCGUCUCCGCCUCCGCCUCCGCCUCCGCCAACACCAACGGCACCGCUGACGGCGAGGCGGAAGACAGCAGUGCAGCGAAGAGGAAGGGAGAGGACAAAGAUGGAGGUGAUGAUGAGGAGGAGGAGGAGGCAGACGAAGGCGAUGAGGGCAAAAAUAUUACAAAGAAGAAGAAAACCCAGAAGGAGGGCGAGGAAGCGGAGAAAUCCCAAAGCAACAUGCCAGAUAGUGAUCCUGCGGCCAUCAACAGUGACGCCGCCGCCUUGCUGGCCGCCGCCGGCAUGUCCGCCAAUUCUCUGGCGUUCAACCCUUUCCUCCUCUCCACCAUGGCGCCCGGCCUCCUCUACCCCUCCAUGUUCUUACCUCCGGGCCUGGGCGGACUCGGCCUGCCCGGAUUCCCCAACACCUCCACCCUGGCCGACCUCCAGAGCGCCAUAGGAGUACUGGGGGGCAACACCCUGGUCGCCAACCCCCCCAGAGACGAUGACGACGACACAGCGGGGCAGCAAGUGGCGGCACAAGAAGAGGAGGAGGAGGAGGAGGAAGAGGAGGAGGAGGAGGAGGCGCGGGGGGCAGAGGGAGACCUAACCGAGGAGAGAGCAGCUGCAACAGAGACCAGGAGCCAAGAAUCUCUUGUGGAGGAGGCGGGGGCAUCUCCACACCAAGACUAAAGUGACCCCUGACCCCUGACCCCUGCCACCUUUACUCAUCUAGCCUUUGUUCUUUCUUUUGGGGCCAGGUGUGUUACCUGAGAGGCAGCAUUAAGUUAAGUCUUUAGUCUAGUCAGGGAAAAUCAAAGACUGUCGGCCAGUUUUCAUCUUCCAGUAGUGCUUCUCUUCUAGGAGGAAGGCCAGUGUGGGCGAGCUCAUGUAGCCUAUUCUUCUUCACACACACACACACACACACACACACACACACACACACACACACACGCUGCCCUCGUACUGUUACCCAGUCACACACUGUUUGAAUUCCAGUCUUUCCACUGCUGGUCUUGGAUCCUCACAGAGACCCUGUUCCAGGUGGUCCAGUUCUACGUUCCGUCACGUCCUGCUACUUUCCAACACGCUUGAAGACUUUAGUCCCACACUGACACCAGACCUGCCAGACCAGGACUGAAACACAACGUGCUUCAAAGUAAAUGAAGUUCAGCUUCUCUUUUCUUUUUUUGUCUUGUUUAUUUUGAAGUAGUUGACAAGCGAGCGUGGUGCUUGACAAACAUGCAGCAGCCUCCUUCAACUUGUCCAUCUUAAUAGCAUUCACUACCACCGCCAGCCCAGUGUGUGUCAUGCUGACACAGCAAUAACUAUGGCAGCUUUUGAAUGUUCCAACACACACACACACACACACACACACACACACACACACACACACGCAGACUGUAUGAAUUAACCACAAGUGUCGUAUUAAAGAACUCAAACUGUAACUGAUAAGUACUGCAAUCAAUUUUGUCUCACUUUGUUCCUGUUGAUGCACUGGUGUUCAAAUAAUCAGGUACCUUUAUUACUUAGCUACUUUUCUUGGAGAGAAAAAUGGACUUUUUGUUACUUUUAGCCAGCAAGCUGAAGAGCAUUACCUCAAAAUUCUUAUCUAGCCUUGAAGUUUACAGACUUAUAAUGUAAAUGUUUUGUUUUUUUUCUUAUUUCAUUUUUGUUUUCCUUUUCUUUUUUUGGGUGUGUCUUUUUGUUUUUGUUUUUGGAGACAUCAUGUAUGAUGAAUUGUAGCUAUGAUGCUUUUAAUAAAAGUGAAUCAUGAUAUUCGCCUAGGAAACCAAA